CCCAGCCAUGGUGUCCCCAACUUUCUGGGGGACACAGGACUGGGGACACAGCUGGGGGUGGCAGUGCCAGUGUGACAUGGUGACAAUGUCCCCCCCAGGUGAACACUUUCCAGGCCGUGCUGGCCUCCGAUGGUGUCACCUGCUUUGUCCUGCUCAACUAUGGGGACUUGCAGUGGACAACAGGCAUUGCCAACAUGGGGGACCCCCACACUGGACUGGGGGGCAUCCCUGCACAGGCCGGGUUUAACAGCGGGGACGACGUGCACUACUAUAACGUGCCAGGGUCCCGCACGCCCACUGUGCAGACCCUCAGCCACCGCAGCAACCUGGGGGUCCCGGGGCGCUGGGCCUUCCGUGUCGACCACUUUGAGGCCACUGAGGGGCCCCUCGAGAUGCCCUCAAGGACCCCCGGGACUCCCUCAGUGCCCCCCGAGUCCCGCAGGACCACGGCAGAGCGGACGUAUAACUGCGGGUUGUGAGCAGGUGACACCCGGGGCUCUGGG